UGGGGUUUUUAACUGAGCUACAUAUUUUCCCCUUUAAUCAGAAAGACUGACUGCGACUAUAAUUAUAAUCAUCUGCCACACUUUUUCCUCUCUGACCCUGAAACUCUCCAUCCAUUUUGCGGUUAAUCGCCUGCGGCAACGCGGCAUCCAAACUAAUCAUGGCGAUUAAAAUCGGCUUUGCUGCGGGAAAGAAGGAGGAGGAGGAGGAAGAAGAAGAAGAAGAAGAAGAGGAGGAGGAGGGCAAACACGGGCAAGUCGUAGGCAGACAGGCACGCAGGGGAAAAACCAGCCGUGUCUUUAAGCCAUUUAGCGUUCAAAUAUACAAUAUAAAAAACAAGGUCUGCUGUGCGUCCUGCGUCCUGCGCGCUGAUCGGUCGCCAAGAGUUUUUUUUCCCUCUGCUAUUUUUUCAGGCUGGCCUGAGAGACAUGAGCUAAUUGCAUCCUGCACUACUUUUUUUUUUCUUCUUCUUUUUUUUUUUUUUUUUUUUUUUUGCCUGCAGGGGUUUUGGAGCCCCGGAGCGACUCUCCCUCCGUAUUAGUGCUCCGUGUUUCUCCGCCAAGCUGCUGCAUUUCUCACCGGCGCGGCGCGGGCAACGGAGGCACCAGCGCGCAGGGCCGAGAACAAGCAAAAACGGAGAGGAAAGAAACGGGUGCACAGAGAAAAACUUUUCCCCCAUGUUUCAGGACAACCGCUCCAACAUGUCCAGGCCGAUGAUCACCAGGUCUCCAGCGUCUCCUCUCAGUAAUCAGGGCAUCCCGACGCCAGCACAACUCACCAAGUCCAACGCGCCUGUGCACAUCGAUGUGGGCGGCCACAUGUACACCAGCAGCCUCGCCACACUCACCAAGUACCCUGAGUCCAGAAUUGGCCGUCUUUUCGAUGGCACGGAGCCCAUUGUUCUGGACAGCCUGAAGCAGCACUACUUCAUCGACAGAGACGGUCACAUGUUCCGCUACAUCCUCAACUUCCUCAGGACGUCCAAGCUCCUCAUCCCUGACGACUUUAAAGAUUUCAGUCUGCUGUACGAGGAGGCACGGUAUUUCCAGCUGCAGCCAAUGCUGGUAGAACUUGAGCGCUGGCGUCACGAGCGGGAGCUCAACCGAAUCUCGUGUCCAUGCGAGUGCGUGGUGGUACGUGUGGCACCUGACCUGGGCGAACGCAUCACACUGAGCGGAGACAAAGCCCUCAUCGAGGACAUCUUCCCAGAGAUCGGAGACGUCAUGUGCAACUCGGUGAACGCCGGCUGGAACCACGACUCCACACACGUCAUCCGCUUCCCGCUAAACGGCUACUGCCAUCUCAACUCUGUUCAAGUCCUGGAGCGACUACAGCAGCGCGGCUUCGAGAUCGUGGGCUCCUGCGGGGGUGGAGUCGACUCGUCUCAGUUCAGCGAGUACGUCCUGCGGCGAGAACUGCGGCGAUCUCAGCGAGGACUCCAGACUAACAGGAUAAAACAAGAACAGCUGGACUAGAACCCAACUCUAGAAACUGCCUCAGAGACUUCCAAAAAAAAAAAUAAAUAAAUUUAAAAAAAAAGGGGGCCAUGAAGAGAAAAGACAUUUCAGCAGUUGCCAAGCCGGCAUCACUUGGAACACGUAUUGUUGUUUUUUUUUUGUUUUUUUUUUUAGGGAACUUAAGAAUUUUUUUUUUUUUUUUUUGAAGAUUUGACACAUGACCUGUGAUGACAUUUGGGAAGAUCAGGACAGUUUAUAUAUAAGGACCUUGUUGAAAACGGUGUCUCUUUCCAUACAUUAAAUUUGAAAGCAAACCUUCCUGUUCUGUUUGCAAUGCUAUAUACAGUAUAUAUAUAAAUAUAUAUAUAUAUAUAUAAAUAUAAAAAUAAGCAUAUAUUUUGCUAUUUCAUAUAAUUGAUCCAUGGAUGUUGUUUCCUAAUAAUAUCAUUCAUAGGUUUAUUACAGAUCGCAACACAUACAGUAGCGAUGUGUUGUUUUCUCUUCUUUUUUUUUUCUUUCUUUUCUUUCUCCAUAUUAUAACAAAUAAGCAAAGAUCUUGUACUUUUGUUCAUCGGAACAUCCUGAUCAUUUUUAUGAUGUUUUUCAUUGAGAAUUGUCGUGUGAUACAUUUCAUUGCAACGUGUAUUUACUUUUUACUCAGUACGAUUAUAAGAUUAAUAUGAAAUGUAUCCAAAAAAAAAAAAAACCUCGCAGGUUUUUUUCGCUGUGAAAAAAAUCGCUGUGAAAAAAAAAAAAAAAAAGUUUAAAUGGGAUGAAAAGGCCACUUAUUAAUUUUAAUUUAUGAUCGGAUAUGACGUUUAUCGCCUAUUUUUAUUUGUAAGUAUCUCUCUCUCUCUCUCUCUCUCUCUCUCUCUCUCUCUCUCUCUCUCUCUCUCUCUCUCUCUUUCUUUUGCCCUCAAACCCUUUUUGACUGAAUUUGUAAUUAUAUUAAAUACAGGUUCGUUCUGAAAGCUGUCAAAACUGAGCAAGUCAUUUCGCCGUCAUGUCACAUCAUGUCACGUCACGUCCGACGUCCCGGAUGACGACGAAUGUAGCAAGAAAUUUAAAAUAAAUCACCCACAAAAUUGUA